CAUGUCCGCUCCGACCGGUUUUAAAGGGUUAAACCAUGCACUGAAUGCCACAGAUUUCAACAGUACGUCUCAGUUUUUCUACACAAUAGAGAAAUGCUGCUGAAAAUGGAAGAAAUCUGUCAGCACGACUCUGUAAGUAACAGACAGGUAAAAUUACAGAUGAAAAUGGAUCGUUGCACACACUGUACUAUAGUAAUAAUACUUUUAAAAAAUAUAUAUAUGCAGUGGAUCCACUAUAAAAAAAAAUCUUCCUAUUAUGGAUAAUAAACAAAACCGGAACAUUUCUGUCAUUAAAUUCAUUAAUUCAUUCUUUCAUUUGUUCAUUAUACAGAGAAAACCUAGAAAAAACAGAAAAAUACAGUCAAAAGUCUCAAAUUUCGUCCCUUCUUCACAUUUUUCACAGCUGUCCAGUGGGCCAGGUUGGAGUUUUAGCGGGCCGAGUUUGGCCCCUGAACCUCAUGUUUGACACACUUACUGAUACAGUAAUUAGCCUGCAAAUAUAAAUAUUUAGUGACUAGAUUACAACCAUCUUGAGUAUUUUGUAAGCUCCUUGAAGAUGGAUAGUGACAACUGUGAACGGCAGUAAAAUACGUCAUAACAGUAUCACAAAAAUAUCCAUUUGAUUUGCGGGAUAUUUGAAAAGCGCACACUGCUUACAGCGAGAUUACCACCAGACUUCCUGCUAGCGGGCAGGUCGCUGGAAAAACUGUCCUUAUAUUGAGCAUUCACGUAAUUAUUACUCGAUAGUAUGACGCUGCUGACGUUUAAUUACAGGAAGAGGUUUGGGAGGCGAUUGGAUGGCAUUCAUUUUACAAGCCCAGGCAGAUAAGGGAGACAAUGCGCCUCCACACCGGUCCAUCCUGUACCGAGCCACCAAGAAGGGAUUGUGUCUUACCGAACACCCCCCGCACACAAUUCUCGUGUUCCGAUUGGUUGAAACCAUAGGUGUGUCAGGAGGUGUGUGCGCCAUGUCGCGGUCCCUCUCUACGUUAUUUCCUGCGGAGGAUGACGUUUUUGACAGCAGGGAGGGAGGCAGCAGAGCCGAUCAGCAGGCCCAUCUGCGAGCGUCCCGGGACCGAAGCAGCUCUCUCCUCCUCCUCCUCCUCUGAUAAAGCACAGGCGUCCAUUCCGGCAGCGAGAGCUUGAAAUGCUCCGGAUAGCAGACUCCGAGCUCAGUCUGGUGAGUGAGGGUUUGAGUCCCUGAUCUCUACCAUGGCAGGGGAUCACUACAGCCCCCCAUCCCCACUGGGGGAUUCCCUCCUGGGAAGUCCACUUUGUGGAGACCUGAUGGAGGAUCUUCGUGAUAUCUCCCAGUCUAUAGGGGAUGACGCACUGGGGUUUGAUUUUCCAGAGUACCAGAGCACUGGUUCGGGGUCCAAUAGCUCUGUCGCACUGGAGACCUUGACUCCAGCCUCGAGUCCAUCAUCAGGAGUGUGCGGAGCAGCGGCAGGCCAAGACGAGAGCGGCAGCACCCUCAACCUUGAGUGCCGGGUGUGCUCUGAUAAAGCUUCGGGCUUCCACUACGGGGUGCACGCAUGCGAAGGCUGCAAGGGUUUCUUUAGGAGGACCAUCAGGCUGAAGCUGGAGUAUGAUAAGUGUGAGCGGAACUGCAAAAUCCAAAAGAAGAACCGAAACAAGUGCCAGUACUGCAGAUUCCACAAGUGCCUCUCUGUGGGCAUGUCCCACAACGCCAUCCGGUUUGGUCGUAUGCCCCAGGCAGAAAAACUGAAGCUCAAGGAGGAAAGCAAGAUGGUUGAGAAAGAGGUGGAAAGUCCCUUAAUGUCUGACCACAAGUUUCUGGUCAGGCAGAUCCAUGAUGCCUACAUGAAGAACUUCAACAUGAACAAGGCAAAAGCACGGCUCAUACUCACUGGAAAAACUAGCAAGCCGCAGCCUUUCAUCAUCCACGACAUGGAGACGUUCCAGCUGGCGGAGAGAACGUUAGCGGUCCAUAUGAUAAACAGCGACUAUCCGGAGUCUGACAGCGUCCUCGGACAAGUGAGUCCGGCUGCGUCGUGUGGGGAGCUUCGGCAGAGGGAGGCCGAAGCUAGGCUCUUCCACUGCUGCCAGAGCACCUCAGUGGAGACUGUCACAGAGCUAACAGAGUUUGCCAAGGCUAUGCCGGGUUUCCAGAGUCUGGAUUUGAAUGAUCAGGUAACUCUCUUGAAGUACGGUGUUUACGAAGCCCUCUUCACCCUCUUGGCCUCCUGCAUGAACAAGGACGGCCUCCUGGUGGCCCGUGGUGGAGGCUUUAUCACCCGUGAGUUCCUCAAGAGUCUCCGCCGACCAUUCAGUGACAUGAUGGAGCCCAAAUUCCAGUUUGCCACACGCUUCAACUCUCUGGAGCUGGACGACAGCGACCUAGCUCUUUUUGUGGCUGCUAUUAUCUGCUGUGGAGAUCGUCCAGGCCUGGUAGACGUACCUCUAGUAGAGCAGUUGCAGGAAAGCAUUGUUCAGGCGCUGCGGCUCCACCUGCUGGCCAACCACCCAGAUGACACCUUCCUUUUCCCCAGGCUGCUGCAGAAGUUGGCUGACCUCCGGGAGCUGGUCACUGAGCAUGCUCAGCUGGUGCAAGAAAUCAAGACGACAGAGGAUACUUCCCUGCACCCGCUGCUGCAAGAAAUAUACAGGGACAUGUACUGA